AUGUCCUCGCUCGUCUCGCACAGAUGCAGCAGCUUUGCCCUCCGUAGCUUGCCGGCCCGCAGCAGUAGCUUGCAACGACCAUUGCUUUCCGGCCUGCUCCUUAAUCAGCGCCGAUGCUAUGCUUUGAGGAUAGGCAAGCGCCAGCAAAAAAAGGAUAGGACCGAAGAGGAAAAUGUACAUGACAUCGAGACCAUGAAAUAUAUGGCCUCCAGGCUCCCUGCAGACAUCUAUGGAAGUUAUGCGAAGCUGUUGGACUUGCAUAUCCCAAGCCUGAAGUCGCCUAAGGAGGAUGCAAAAAUCUCUGACCACAUAUAUGCUACUCUGAAGACUAUGCGUAAUUGGUUCAGGAAUGCUCAAAGCAUGGCACAGAUGGCGAGCUAUAAGGGCUUUAUUGAACGAAAAAGACCAUGGAACCCGCAGAUAUUCUGUGCACAGUCGACUCGCGACUCAGCAUGGAUCGCACCGAUUCGUCAAGCGGCACUCGACACGUAUGUCAAAUUGAAUGAAGCUGUCGCCAAUCGGGACGAGAAGACGAUUAAACGCUUGGCUGUUGACGAGAUGGAGAAAGACUAUCUCAGGCUCGCCCGUUCCCAGGAUCCAUCGCGUGUGUAUGUGUGGAAGUUCCACGGAGAACGCUCGCCCUGUCGUGUCCUUAGCAUUCGAUCGCGCCAUGGGCAUUUUGGAACGACUCCAAACAAAUUGAGUCCUCUCGUUGUGCAGGUUCUGGUCAAGUUUGACACUCUGCAGAGUGUGGAAGGAUACUCCAAGAAGGGCACUCUGUUGUACAAACAGGAUCCGAAGCCUGUUGUUGAGUAUCUCGUGCUGCAGAAGCGGAUGUGGUACGACACGCCUUGGGUAGUCAGAAACCGCUUUUACAAGGAAUUGGACAGCACAUUCGAAGACGUUUAA